UAACUAACCGCCUGGAUGGUUUGAAAGAAAAAGCAUAGUUGUUUGUUUUGUUUUCUCCACUCAGUCACAGAUUAUUAGAUUACAAUGAGUUUGAAUUCUAAACGAUCAUCAUCCAAUCGAUCCAAUGAUAACAACAAGAGGAAGAAGCAAAAGAUCACAGCCAACCAGAAAACCUUAGGCGUCGUCUGGGGAUCUAAUUCCCCAAAAUCCCCCUUCUCCGAUGUCGGCAGCUACAUGACUGAGAAGAAUCGGAAAUUACACAAUCAGUUUAACGCCGAAGCUUCCACUUCUCAUAAUAACCCUAUAUUCGCCGGAGUUUCAAUUUUUGUUGAUGGUUUCACCGUUCCUUCCAGCCAAGAACUGAGGAGCUAUAUGUUAAAGUAUGGUGGAAGAUUUGAGAAUUAUUUCUCAAGGCAUCGUGUAACACAUAUCAUCUGCACCAAUCUUCCUCACAGUAAACUUAAGAACCACCUCAGAGCUUUCAGUGCAGGGCUUCCUGUGGUUAAACCAACUUGGAUUUUAGAUUCAGUUGCAUCUAAUAGACUCUUGACCUGGGCGCCUUAUCAACUCGAACAACUUUCUAAUAACCAACAACCAAAACUGUCCACAUUUUUCUUAUCGAGAAAUAGCAAAACUUCUGAGGAUACUUUUACUAACGCCCUUUGUCAAGUAGAGCCUGUCAUUCAUGAUUCAUCUGCUAGUGUUGGCAAAUCAGAGGAUGGACAUUCAUCAGGAGUUGAGAAAGUGGUUGAACCUAGCAGCCAAAUCAGUAUGGAAGCUGAUGAUACUGUCUCGGAGAAUACUGAUGCAAUUAUGACCGACAAGCAGCUGACUAGCAUUGGAGUUAAAUGUGAUGAAGAAGAUCCUGCAGGAGGAAGAAAUGAUGCUUCUAAAGAUGAGAGGAACUUCCAAAGUGAACUUGAAACGAAUUAUCAAAAACCUUCAACAUCAGUUAGCAGCCCCUGCUCAGAUGACCAAAAUGUAAUAGAAUUUCAAAGUUCUGUCUCCACCAGGCCUUCUAAGCAGUGUCAUUCAACUCUUUCAGAUCCUAAUUUUGUGGAAAAUUAUUUCAAGAGCUCACGGCUACACUUCAUUGGAACCUGGAGAAGUCGGUAUCGAAAGCGUUUUCCCAUCUCAUCUACUGGGGUUGACAAUGGGAUUUCUAAUAUUAAUACCUCUAGCGUUUCUGGGAAUUCAGCCAUUAUCCAUGUUGACAUGGAUUGCUUUUUUGUCUCAGUGGUUAUCAGGAACCACCCUGAAUCGUUGGACAAGCCUGUAGCUGUCUGCCACUCAAAUAAUUCUAAGGGAACUGCUGAGGUUUCCUCUGCAAACUACCCAGCUCGUAGUUAUGGUAUUAGGGCUGGUAUGUUUGUUCGAGAUGCCAAGGCUCUUUGCCCCCACCUUGUUAUCUUUCCAUACAACUUUGAAGCUUACGAGGAAGUAGCUGAUCAAUUUUAUAGUAUAUUGCAUCGACAUUGCAACAAAGUGCAGGCUGUUAGCUGUGAUGAAGCAUUUUUAGAUGUCACCCAUUCAAAGGUUGAAGAUCCUGAACUUUUAGCAUCAUCAAUUAGGAAAGAGAUCUAUGAGACUACUGGAUGUACAGCCAGUGCUGGCAUAGCUGGAAAUAUGCUUAUAGCUCGUAUUGCUACUAGAACUGCUAAACCAAACGGUCAAUAUCAUAUAACUCCAGAAAGGGUUCAAAACCAUUUAAGUCAACUCCCAAUUAAUGCACUUCCUGGAGUAGGGCAUGUUUUACAGGAAAAAUUGAAGAAGCAGAAUGUUCAAACGUGCGGACAGUUGAUGAUGAUUUCCAAGGUCUCACUGCAGAAGGACUAUGGAAUGAAAACAGGAGAAAUGUUGUGGAAUUAUAGCAGAGGAAUUGAUAACCGGUUGGUUGGGGACUUCCAGGAAUGUAAGUCUAUUGGUGCUGAUGUAAAUUGGGGUGUGAGGUUCAAAGAUAUGAAAGAUUUUUUCCAGUGUGAGAACUUCCUAACAAAACUUUGCAAGGAGGUUUCGUUACGAUUGCGAAGUUGUGGCAUGCAAGGGCGCACGUUCUCUCUCAAGAUCAAAAAGAGAAGAAAAGAUGCUGAUGAACCUGCGAAGUUUAUGGGCUGUGGAGACUGUGAAAAUUUGAGUCACUCAGUAACGAUUCCUGUUGGCACUGAGAACGUGGAAGUACUCCAAAGGAUAGCAAAGCAGCUUUUUGGAAGUUUUUACCUAGAUGUCAAGGAGAUUCGAGGUAUUGGCCUGCAUGUUUCCAGACUUGAAAAUAUCGAAACAUCUAAGCAAGAAAAAUAUAAUUUGAAAUCAUGGGUCACUUCAGGAUCUGCAAGUAUGGAUAAACAGAAACAUCCUAUGAGUAAUGGUCAUGACAAGCAGAAUAUGGACGGCACUUCCGUUCAUGAAUGUAGAGAUCUGCGAGGGUCUUCAGUUCAAAUGGACAAUAACAUACAAAAUAACCAAUCUAGUGCUGACCGAAUUUCAACACCACCUCCUUUGUGUCACCUUGAUGUGGAAGUUAUAAGGAAUCUUCCCGCAGAAGUAUUUUCAGAAUUAAAUGAAAUUUAUGGAGGGAAGUUAGUUGCUUAUAUUACUAAAGGGAAAAGCAUAAGUGAGAGUUCUAGCUCUUUACAGAACUCGCUUUUGGAAAAAGAAGCAAUAAACAAGGAAGAGGAGCUUUUGGAUGUUGAGCCGAUUCUUCAAAAAAGGAAAUUAUCUGAAAUUGAGGCAAUGCAACAUGAGGCAGUAGAAGGUGGAGCUGUAUCCGAUUCAGGGUCUGGACCCUCUUUCAAUGUUAAAUCAAGUUUUGAAAAAGAUGAUUUAUUGCCUUCUUCUUUAAGUCAAGUUGACGGUUCUGUGUUACGAGAAUUGCCUGAGGAUUUGAAAGCAGUCAUUGUUCUGCAGCUUCCUGCACACAGGAGACAGGAGAUUUGCUCCAAUGUUGCUGUAGUCCCUCCUUGUGAAAACAAUCAGGUGUCAUUGGGUGUCAAGAAUUCCGAGAAUCUAGGAUCAAAUCAUGUUCUGAAUGAAUGUCUUUGGGCUGGGAAUCCUCCAAAAUGGGUCGAGGAGUUUAAAAUCAGUAGUUGCUUAAUAUUAAAGAAACUUUCCGAAAUCUACUAUAGAUCAGAGUUAACUAGAACAUUAUCAUCUGUUUUGCACCAAAUUAUAUCUGAAUUCCACCAGCUAAAUGAAGUCCAUCAGAUUUCUGAUGACUCUGUUAACAUCAUGUGUGAGCUACUGAAGCAGUAUAUCAAAGUGAAGAUAGGAAAGGAUAUUGAAGAGAUUUACGUUUGUUUUCGGCUUCUGAAAAGGUUUGCGGCAAAAUCACAAUUUUUCCUACAAGUAUAUAAUGGUGUAUUUCCGUACCUUCAGGAAGCUGUUGACGACAAUUAUGGAGGAAGUUUGUCUAUAACCCCAUAGGAACUGUCAGAUAGUCACAUUCUUGCUUCUAAUAUGAGAAAUUGAGCAAAAUUCUCUGCUUUCUAUGUGAGCCAAUGUGGUCACGUCACAAACCAACAGUUCUAUCGACUAUUCGACCAUGAUGUCCUGCAGAGUAUGUUUUGCUUAAUGUGGCUAAACAUUUUCUGCUGUGUAUGUGCAUAUUUAAUGAAUGUUCUAUUUAAGUUCUAGUAAGACAACUAACAUUAUUCAUCGUUUUUGAUAAAUUUGCUAUUUUAUGUUGCAUUUUACUUUAUGCUCAAAUGUAUGAAUCUUCAUUUUUCAUUGAUCUACAAAACCCUUUGUGUGAUGUUAAACUUCUCAUAUGAACUUCAUCAUUAACUUCAUUAGUUUCUUGUGUGUCUGCGUGGCUGUGCAAUGUGUACUGUAUAUCUCCUUUUUUGUUCUUUUAAUCUUUUUUCUUGCCUUGUUUAAAGUCUUCUUUCUUUCUAUCUUGGUUAAUGAUCAUAAACCUAGGUCUCAACAUUUAUAAUGCAUACUUUUUUUUUUUUUUGAAAACUUGGUAUCCGGCCUUAGGACCGACUAAUCCAAGGGGACCAAUCCCACCGCCCACUUGUGGGGGCCCCAUUUAAAGCCAGAGUUUUUUUUUGCUCUGUAUGGACUUAGUCCACCGAAAUUGGCACCAGUGGGAAUCGAACCUGAGACAUUGAGAGGAGCAUACUCCAAGGGCCCAAGCCAACACCACUCGACCAACCCCAAGUGGGUUUUUAUAAUGCAUACUUCAUUAAUUAUUUAUCAAUAUAUCACUGCCUGUUAGCUUUGCUAUAUUGAAUUGAUAUGAAUCAGUUUCUAUUUAUAGGUAAAAGUACAUUGCACAACAACCCUUUGAAUAAAAAUUAGAGAGAGAGAGAGAGAGAGAGAGAGAGAGAGAGAGAGAGAGAGAGAGAUGAUGAUGAUAAGAUAAAACAUGUUAGUUUGUUUUGGAAAAUUUAAGUAUGUUGUGAUAAUUGAUAAUUAGGCUUGCCAGCCUAGUGGUAUUAGUUUGUGCACCAGUUGCAAUUUGGUUUUCAGGAUAUCCUAAAGUUGGUGUCAAGGCUGAUGUUGUAGGUUCUAAUAGCUGCAGGCAUGAGGUGAUAACAAAGUUUUGCCAGUAGUUUGACUUUGUGUACCUGGGCACAACAUACUUUGGACUCAGCUGUAGGCAUGAGGUGAUAAACAUUAAUGCCUUAUAGUUAUAAGCAGUACUUAGGCCAUAUCUCUUAUCAAGGUAGGACACUCAACACGCACCUCAUGCUCUGGACUGAAGCUCUGAAGUGUGUACUAAUAUGGAAAGAUCAUCAUGUCAGCAAUGCUCAGAUUGAGAUUUAUGCGAUGACACAUGCUUAGUUAUCGAAUCAGGCAUCAUAAUUGCAAUUACAGCUGUGCUGGGAAGAGGGUAUAUUUGGUCUUGAAGAAUCAUAAUAAAGCUGCUUGUAUAAUUCAGUGCUGUUUUGCUGCAAACAAGAAAGGUUUGGGUUAUUUUUGGACAUGGACAUGGUUUGUCUCCGUGAAUGGGUGAGGACUGGAACUGAUCUUUUAAUUUUCAGUCACAUGGCGACCAUAGAGCUCACUUGCUGGCAACCACUAGGCAUCAAUACUGGAUCUCAUGCUCAUCGGAGGAGUCACUUUUUGCCGCUGCUUAUGGUAAUUUGCAACAGUCAGCCAAUAGUUUUAUUCUCCAAAUAGCAGCUUAUUAAAUUUGGCUUGGCAUUACAGCCAACUUAUUGGUUGUAGAUGACAAUUUGGCUUGGUGUUUAGCUGAUUAAGGAAUAGUUUUAGACCAUUGAGAGUUAGUUGACUUUUGGAAUAAGGAUCAUGAUAUCAAAAUAGUAAUCUCUAUAUAUAUAUAUAUAUAUAUAUAUCUUCAUCAUCAUAUAGCAUGAGAAGAGAUACUGUAUUUGUUUUCACAUUGGCACCUUCAUAUUGACAUCAUUUCACAAAUCAGCAAUAUUGAAUCAUAGUUCAAGUUAUUAUUAAUAAAGUAUAGUUUAUUAA